AGUUUCCAAUCCGAUUUUUUCCCAUUCAGGUUUCGUGGAUUAGUAAAUCAGCCCCUUAGAGUAUGGCCCUCCACCAAAUACGACCCAGUUACCACACAUGUAAGCUCUUAGAGUAUCCACCAAGAAAGAGCUCCUUGCCCUGCUCUCCCUGGUUUCUCUCUUCUCAUUGUGCCCCAUGGUGGUCCAUACCAUAAGUUUCCACACAAGCCUGAAUGUAUGUUCACAGCCUACUAACCUGGGCACAGUCCCACCCUCUGGUGCUUUCUUUGUCCUGCCACAUUCCGCUGCUCUGCAUUCCAAUGUACAUUCGGCAACUCUUGCUAGUAACACCUGGUCUCUUAAAGAAGACUGAGACAUGUAUAACUUAAAAAGGGGGAUUGGAAAGGUGGGAAAAACACAAAGGCAAAAAGUAAUCUGGCCCUUUACACCCCAUCCUUACCUUUCAAGCCCCUGAUAUCCCUCCCUUUUCACACCUGUCUUGGGGUAGGGGGGCAGCUCACAGGAGCAUUCAGUCCAUUUUAAUAAUUGCAGCCUUUUAACAGAGCACAGUGUUAUGUAUAAACAGAAGCUCAUAAUAAUAAUGAAAUAAUACAUGUUGCAGAGCACUAAAUGUAUUCUUGCAGCUACUGUUUCCUAUAAGCAUCACAAACUAAAGCAGGGGUGUCAAACCCUGGGUCCUAAUACUCUUACAGAGCAGCAGCUCCCUGCUUAUUUCUGUUGUGGGGUUUUUGUAAGAUGCAGUUCAUCAAUAGCCGGUACACCCCAGAAAUACCCUAUACCCCUACUACAGUGAUGUUACACCUGCAGUUGUCUGAUAUUGCAGAACAGCACAUCACAUUUAUUUUCUUAUUUUCCUAUAAAUGCUGGGAAGUGUUCAGGAGCAGCUGGAGAGAAAUCCCAUGCUGUGCCGCAACCCCUCCCAAGUCAGUGACAGCUGCUCACAGCAAUGUCUUUUCCGCUUUAAGCCUUGAAGUCGAUCUGCACAUUCAUCCAGAGAGAACACUGCAGGAGGUUGUACUACACAGGGUACUACGGUAUUGGUCCAUGAUGCACAGAGAUGCUGGAUGAAUGAGACCAAGAUGCAGGCUAAGCACAGGAGGGGAACUAGUUAGUGAGAUAAGGAGACACAUUGGGGAGGUGGAGAGGAGAACAAUUGAAUGACAGAGAAGGACAAGUGAAUGUAAUAUAGGAGGACCGACGAGGUGAGAUGAGGGCAUGAACUGAGACAAAACUGAAAGGAAGAUAGCAAUUUGAUUAGAUGCAAUAGACUGCAGAGUUUGAAGCAUGAUACCAGUAGAUAUAUUUAAGAAGCAAGUAAUUAUUUUUAAAGAAAUCAUCAGUGUAACUUAAGUCAUAGAUAUACAGUAUUCCAUUCACAGGGUCAGAUUCAUACUGCAUUAAUCUUGGGUUUUUGGGCUCAUCGUGGGCUAUGUCUCGACCUACACGUCCCCCUUCAGGGGACAUUCCUAGAAAUCUGAGUUACAUUGCAGGGCUAUAUGAACGAGCCUACUACCGAACUGCUAGACCAAGCUUGGAAGAACAAGAGGAGGAGGAAGAUGGAGGUGCUUCUGGCCACUGCUCUUCAGUGUUUACUACACAAGUCCCUCGAAGGCGGCGUUCACGCUCCGCACCUGCUCUGCGUGUCACUCGGGGACAGCGGCGCCGCAGCCCUGAAACCAUUAAAAGAGUUCGAUUUGCUGAUGCACUGGGACUUGAACUGGAGUCUGUGCGUCAUUUUAAAAGGGAAGAUAUUCCUUGCAUCCCUAUCCAUGUCACCCACAGGCUGCAAGGAGAAGCAAGACGCUGUCUACUCAGGGAAGAGUCGAGCUGGUGUGAGGCACGCCAUGGAAUCCCUGCCUCCUGGGUUUCACAAGCAGGCAUGUGGGAAAAGAAGACAUGGGAGCGCAAUUCAUGGAACGAGCAGACAUGGCAGCAACGUGUGUGUUUGCAGAGCAUGCGCUGUGAGAGCUGCUUUCUCUGGGGGUCUGUGAGGGUCCUUGAUCUGGCAUAUGAGAAAAAGGUCACUGUGCGCUACACUCUGGAUGGGUGGCAAUCUCACCAGGACACGUAUGCCCUAUAUGCUGCACGUCUCUGCCAUGGGGGGCCUGGGCAUCCAGGUACGGAUCUCUUCACCUUUCGUCUUCCUCUACCAACUAGGGACCAACAGCAAGCCUCCUGUCUGCAAUUUGCUAUCCGCUAUGAGGUGGGCGAGGAGGAAUUCUGGGAUAAUAAUGGGGGUAAAAAUUACAGUAUGUGGCCUCCUGAAAAUCAGCUCUCCCCUGCCCAGGAUGCAGAGAAUGGAUGGAUACAUUUCAUUUAGUAUCAUUAUGCACCCUCAUAUAUGCUAAAAAGCAACCAUCUGCCUAAUCCUGACACCAAAGAACAAGGUCCAAAUUCAGCCCCCGUGGGUGCUACUGGGCUGAAAACAGAAAGGAAAUAGGGAAAAAUAUGUUAUCUAAACUAUAGUGGAUAAUGUUGAAAAAAGAUUGUGAGUUCAUGUUUGGAGUGAUGAAAACAAAACUGAAACAUUUAAGGGUUUGGAGAACAGGAGUGAUGCAAAAUAUUAGAAAGAUGUUGUUGCAGAAAUCAGUGGGGAAAUGGAAGGGAAUAUGGUCUCAGAGGGGUUAAAUAAAUAUGAUACCUACAGGUUAUUACCAAUGAUAGAAGUUGUGUCAGUAUCACUUCCAAAGGAGGCCUACCUUUUUAUUUUUAUCCUUUCCAACCCUCCACCUAGUGUUACCGGUGGGACCUGACACAAUUAACAAAAAAGAACAGAAAGCGCACUCUUUUAGUAUCCCUAUAACAUCAAAACAAAUGCUACUAAUAAUUUAGAUUUACAUAUUAAGAUAUAGCUGUAGCAAGAAAUCUGAUAGGAAGCCAGAGACUUGUAUUUUUGUCUAUAUAAGCCAAAGCUACAAUAGCUGCUGCUUGACCCACCCUGAAUUAUUAUUUUUAUCCUUUCCAACCCUCUUCCUAGUGUUACCAGUGGGACCUGACACAAUUAACAAAAAAGAACAGAAAGCGCACUUUUUCUACCAUCCCUAUAUCUCAAAACAAAUGCUACUGACAACUUUGGAUUGAUUGAAUAAACCCCUGUUAUCUAAUAAUUAAUGCUCUAGCAGAUUUAUACAGUGACUUGUGCCUCUGUGAAUUGCACCAUUGUACACCAGUGACAAAAUAAUGAAUAAAUUAUUAUUAGUGUUAUUAUUAGGGAUGCACUGAAUCCACUAUUUCAGAUUCGGCCGAACC